AGAGCCAGAAGCAGAGCCAGAAGCAGAGCCAGAAGCAGGGCCAGAAGCAGGGCCAGAAGCAGGGCCAGAAGCAGAGCCAGAAGCAGAGCCAGAAGCAGAAGCAGAAGCAGAAGCAGAAGCAGAGGUUCAAGAUUCAAAACAAGACGAAUCUAACGAAAGAGAUUUGAAUCCAACUGAAUCAGCAAUGGAUGUUGCACCUGAGGCUCAACCAGAAAUACCUAUUAAAGACGAAUUAAGCAAGCCAGCUGAUUCAAUAGAACAACCCAAAGAAGACAGUAUCCAUGAAAGGAUCAACUCUCACAAGGAUCUUGAGGAAGUAGAACAGCCACAAAAUUCUAUUUCAAAAGAGCUUGACCAAGAAAAACAACACUCUGUCGCGGCAGCUGAACCUGCAAAUGGCAAUAAUUUAGCACAAUUCACUCAACUCACCCUGACCAUCUCCACCCUUACAAGUCAGCUUGCACAAGCUACUCAGGAACGUGACGAGAUCCAGCAGUCAUAUGACACUUUAUUAAGCAAACUUUCUUCGAUGAAGACUAUAUUCAGUAAGAUGAAAGAGUCCGAAAUUGAAUUAGAGGAAAAGACUGAAUUAGUGGAAACACUUACUAAACAAAAUCAAGAAUUGAAAUCAAAACUUGAGAAAGUCAGUCACGAUAAAUCUCAAGAAGAUGAAUUAGUUUCUCAAUUACGCGAAAGCAACAAUGAUUUGAAUAAUGAGUGUGAGAGAUUAAGUGAUACUUUAACCAAAUCAAGACGUGAAUAUCAGGCGACUAUUGAUGAAUUACUGGACGAAAAGUAUAAUUUUGAAAAUCAGAAUAGCAAAUUAUCUAAAAAGGUAAAUGAGUUGAAAACGGAAUUGAAUGAAUUAAACAUUUUACAAAAUGAACUUGAAUUGGACAAUAAGAACCAAGCUGCAACAAUUGAAGAAUUGAAGCUGGUUAAUGCUCAAAAGGAUCAUGAAUUGGAAGAGAGGAAUAAAAUUAUAGAAGAUUUAAGAUUAGUCAUUUUAGAAAACCAGCAAGCCACAGAAAAGAUUACUUCAGAUUUAAAACAAGAAAUUGAAUCUUUGAAGGAAAAAGUUUCUAAAGUUGAUCAUGAUAAUGAAACAUUAUCAACUGAGAUUAACAGUAAGAAGCAAGAAAUAGACAAUUUGAACAAUCAACUUAAGGAAAUUGACGAAUUAAAGACAGAUAUUAAUACGAAGCAGCUAUUGAUUGGAAAAUUACGUCAUGAAGCAAUUAUUCUUAAUGAGCAUUUAACCAAGGCUUUAACCAUGAUAAAACAAGGCUCGGGUGAUGGGUCUAACAAGACAAUUGACCGAGAAUUGAUUUCAAAUGUUAUUCUCAGUUUCUUGCAAUUUCCUCGUGGGGACACUAAAAAGUUUGAAGCUCUACAAUUAAUAAGUGCAUUAUUGCAGUGGGAUCCUGAGCAGAAAGUAGCUGCUGGAUUACAAUCAAAAGGGAGUGGAAGUGGUAAAGUAGAUAAAACUGGACCUGAUGGUCAACAGCAGAGACAAAGUUUUGUAUCGUUAUGGACUGAUUUCUUGGAGAAAGAGUCGAUGGGAGGUUGAAGUUAGCAUUAGUGUUUACUUUUU